AUGAGCACGAAUGACGAAGAUGACGAUGAUCACAACAAUGACAUGUCAUCUCAACAACAUCAACAACAUCAACAACAUCAACAGCAACAUGAGGGACAACAACUCAAUGUUGCCAAUGCAUCAUCAACUUGUGCAGUUGACCAAGUUCACGUCGGACCAACACCAACAACGACAACAAACACAACAUUGAUAGACCCAGAGGUAUUGAAUCAAAGUGAUCUGCAACAAGUAAACAACAAUGACAACAACAACAACAACAAUCAACCAAAGCGUACAAAGAAAGAGUUUGACUUUAUAAAGACAAUAGGAAGAGGCUCUUAUGGCAAGGUUAAACUGGUCAUUGAUAAGCUGAGCGGUAUGCGCUUCGCCGCCAAGGUAAUGAGUAAACACCUGUUGGCCAAAGAGAAGAAGGCCAAGUAUGCCUUUGCCGAGAAGACAAUACUCGAGUCAUUGGACCAUCCCUUCAUCGUUAAGCUCUAUUACACCUUCCAAGAUGAUACCAAUCUAUUCAUUAUGUUGGAGUACUGUGAGAAUGGUGAUCUUUUGGAGUUGCUUAGGGAGGCAGUAUGCUUCCCAUUGCCUAUUGUACAGUUCUAUGCGGCAGAGGUCUUGGUGGCCGUGGAGUAUUUACAUAGCCGCGGCAUAGUCCACAGGGAUCUCAAACCAGAGAAUGUACUGCUAUCCACAAACUAUCAUAUACGACUGUGUGACUUUGGCACGGCCAAGCAAUUGGGUCCGGAUCCACACAGCUUGUCGGCAUCGUUCUGCGGCACCGCCGAGUAUGUCUGUCCCGAGUUGCUGGUCGACAAGAAGGCCGGUAGACAGGCAGACAUCUGGUCGUAUGGCUGUCUGCUCUUCCAACUCAUAACGGGCAAGCUGCCAUUCAAGGGUCUGAGCGACUAUUACACCUUCCAACUCAUCAUGAGUCGUGAGAUGGUGUUCCCGCCCGACUUUGAUCCAGACGCACAGGAUCUCAUCGAUCGUCUGCUCACCCUGGAUCCAUUCCGUCGACCAACCAUCGAAGAGAUCAAGUCACAUCCAUUCUUCAAGAGUAUCAACUGGAACGACAUCCACACUCAAGUACCUCCACCAAUCACUCGACCAGUCAAACAAAAAGAUUUUCAACUUCAGCAGCAAGAAGAGGAGUAUGUACUCAAUCUAAACAUCUACAUUGUGGAUGAGGACUAUAUCAAUCCAAUGGUUACUCGUUGA